AAACACCAUAUAUACAUAUAUAGCUAUUUGAAAGUUAAUUGUUUUUUUCAAUAUUGUUAUCUUCCUUUUUUUUUUUUUUGUGAAUAACCAAAGAGGGAAUUCGGAGCCUCUGUCAAAGCUCAAUACGAGGAACACUUAUCUCUGAGUUUCUUUUCAUUGGGGUGAUCGCAGCUUCCAUCUAUGGCUGCUUCAACAGCCUUCUCCGGCGCCGUCGCUUUCAAGCUAUCCUCCCGCCAACCCAAUAUUUCCCUUCUUCCCCAUUUCUCUUCCGUCAAUCUCUCUUCGUGCACCAGCAUUCGCCCCUCCGAAUCCCUGAUUUCUCGCAGUACUCCCCCCAAGUCUCGCACCCCGGUCACUCCUCUCCGAUCUGCUCCCCCUGCUGCCGCCGCCGCCUCAGCCACCACCUUCCACGGCCUCUGCUACGUCGUCGGCGACAACAUCGACACUGACCAAAUCAUUCCCGCCGAGUACCUAACCCUAGUCCCAUCGAAGCCGGAGGAGUACAAAAAGCUCGGGUCGUACGCCCUGUGCGGGCUUCCCGCAUCCUACCCGACCCGAUUCAUAGAUCCGGGCGAGUUCAAAUCCAAGUACUCAAUUGUAAUCGGAGGCGAUAAUUUCGGCUGCGGGUCCUCCCGCGAACACGCCCCUGUAGCCCUAGGCGCCGCCGGAGUCGCGGCGGUGGUGGCCGAUUCCUACGCCCGGAUAUUCUUCCGUAAUUCCGUGUCUACGGGAGAGAUUUAUCCUCUGGAAUGCGAUGUGAGGAUCUGCGAGGAGUGUAAAACGGGUGACACAGUGACUGUUGAGCUUGGUGAAAGCAAAUUGAUCAACCAUACUCGUGGGAAGGAAUACAAACUGAAACCCAUUGGAGAUGCUGGGCCUGUGAUUGAUGCGGGCGGGAUUUUCGCUUACGCUAGGAAGACAGGGAUGAUUCCUUCGCGCUCUUAGAGAGCCCGAAACAGGAAAAAACCCAGUUGGACGGUCACCUCAGAAAAGGUAAAUUUGGCUUAAUCACAGAUUGGUGGUGGAGAGUUGAGCCUGCACAUAGUACUAGUUCUGCCCAAUUUCAGGAAUUGUGAUGUAGUGUUCUUUUCUUGCCCAAUUCACCUUCAAUGGAUCUCUACAUUGUAUGCUGCAUUAAAAUCUUUUCUUGGCCGUGUUUCCUUUACUUGUUCAAGCUUCUGGUCAAGAGGCUAACUCUUCUGCUGAUUUUUUUAUUUUAGUACUACUAUAUGCCUGUUUGGUUUGUAAUAAAAAUAAAAUAUUUCAAAACUAUGUUUCAAAAUGAAUUUAUUGUUAUUAA